CUGGUGAGCAGAGCCGCCGCCGCCGCCCGCCAUUGGCACACACACACACACACACACACGCGCACACACACACGCACACACACACGCGCGCACUCACACACACACGCACACACACACAGAGACGCGCGCAUCCCUCGCCAACAAGAAAGAAAGGAGCGGAGCGGAGGAGCGCAGGACCGGGGCGCAGGACGGCGCUGGCCUUGGCCGCUGGCCCGCAGCCGGACGCGCGGACGGACUGAGAAGCGCAGCGGGGCCCAGCCGCCCACGGCGGGGGCCAGGGCCGGGGCGCCCGAGCCCGAGGAGGAGGCGGCGGGGCGCAGCAUUGUGGUCAGUGCGACAGGAUUCUUGUGUCAGCAAACUGAGAGAAAAACGGCAGCAAGAUGUCGGGCAGAAGUGGGAAGAAGAAAAUGUCCAAACUCUCCCGCUCGGCCAGGGCAGGCGUCAUUUUCCCAGUGGGCAGAAUGAUGAGAUACCUGAAGAAGGGAACAUUCAAAUACCGAAUCAGCGUGGGUGCUCCAGUCUACAUGGCAGCUGUCAUAGAAUACCUCGCAGCUGAGAUAUUGGAACUGGCCGGGAAUGCUGCGAGGGACAACAAAAAGGCCCGGAUCGCCCCCAGACACAUCCUCCUGGCGGUCGCUAAUGAUGAGGAGCUGAACCAGCUGCUAAAAGGAGUCACCAUCGCCAGUGGGGGAGUCCUGCCUAGGAUUCAUCCGGAGCUGUUGGCCAAAAAGCGCGGGGCCAAGGGCAAAUCUGAAACAAUCCUUUCCCCUCCCCCAGAGAAGAGAGGGAGAAAAUCGACUUCAAGCAAGAAGGGUGGAAAGAAAGCCAAAGCCGCCAAACCAAGGACAUCAAAAAAGUCCAAAGCAAAGGAUGGUGACAAAGAAGGCGCCUCGAAUUCGACAUCCGAAGAUGGACCUGGGGAUGGAUUCACCAUCCUUUCUUCCAAGAGCCUUGUUCUGGGGCAGAAGCUGUCCCUGACACAGAGUGACAUCAGCCAUAUUGGCUCCAUGAGAGUAGAAGGCAUCGUCCAUCCAACCACAGCUGAAAUAGACCUCAAGGAAGACAUAGGUAAAGCUUUGGAAAAAGCUGGUGGGAAAGAAUUCCUGGAGACCGUCAAGGAACUGCGCAAAUCCCAAGGACCCUUGGAAGUGGCUGAAGCCAUCGUCAGCCAGUCCAGUGGCCUGGCAGCCAAAUUUGUCAUCCACUGUCACAUCCCUCAGUGGGGCUCAGACAAAUGCGAAGAGCAGCUUGAGGAGACCAUCAAGAACUGUCUGUCGGCCGCCGAGGACAAGAAGCUCAAGUCCGUGGCUUUCCCACCCUUCCCCAGCGGCAGAAAUUGCUUUCCCAAACAGACUGCGGCCCAGGUGACCCUCAAAGCCAUCUCGGCCCAUUUCGACGAUUCCAGCUCCUCGUCCUUAAAGAACGUCUACUUCCUGCUCUUUGACAGCGAGAGCAUUGGUGUCUACGUGCAGGAAAUGGCCAAGCUGGACAUCAAGUAACCCCUCCAAGCCGGACCCUCUUGGUUUUCUCCCUCUGCAGGGACCUGAAGAGGAUUCAGCUUGAAAUGAGAAUUGGGCAUUGAUUAAAAAAAAAAAAAAGAAUGAGGAAGGGAGGGUGGGAGUCAGAGACAGCCCCGUGUGAUGGAGAGGGAGCACUCCCCACCAUGAAGAGGGGGGAACGGUUUGUGCUGUCGCUUAUCCCAGCCCUCCCGGAAAGGUGCCCGCCCCCAUUUUCUAUUCACCUUAACUAUCCUCCGUCCCACAUUAUCCCGGUCCCUCCCCGGGAUUGCUACGCGUGUGUCUUCUUGUCAUUUUAGAACUUAUUUUCCAAGGACAGACCUCGUUUUAGAUUUGUAGCAUUGACUUUUACAGGCAAAA